AUGGCACUGGUGGACGAAACUUCCAACCGCGGCAAACCUGUGCUUGACAAAUGGUCGGAGAUUGAGGCACGGUUGUCUCGCAUAAUCGUCGACCAAGUCAUGGCGAACCCGGAGGGUCAAUCGCCAGGUUUCGACUCGGUGGAAGUGGUUCGCGGUUGCCGGGUAAUCAAAUGUGAUGACCAGUACUCAUUGCAUUUCCUGACAAAAGCGAUUGGCGAAAUUCAGAACAGCUGGGAUGGCUUGAGGCUCAAGCUCAUUCCAGCUAGCGAGAUACCACGAAGGCCGAGGGCUCGCAUCUGGAUACCAAACAUGGAGUUUGAAGCCAAUCAGUCAAUUCCCGUUCUCCAGGCUCACAACCGCGCAGUGCCGAUGGCCGAUUGGUCGAUCAUCAAAGCGGAGGCUCCGCAAAAGCACAACGUGUCGUUCCUCCUUCAAAUUACAGAAGAGAGCCUUGAACCACUGCAAAAAGUGGAAAACAGACUUCGGUUUGGCAUACGGAAGGCCCAGCUGAAGAUAUUCCGUUCUGCGAAUCCGGAGGAGGAGCAGGAUGAGGUUGACGGCACCAGCGAACUGCUGACUGGCAUGCAGUUAAAUGACGCCGAACCUGCGGAAGCAAACCAAUAA